CUUGCUCUCGACCUCCACGAUCCCAGCGAUGGGAAUCCUCGGCCUCACGACGUUUCUGAGAGAAAACAAACGGACUUUGCUGAAGCAAACUCGAGUCGACGGCUCUGCUGCAACAGUCCUCGUAGUUGACGGCUGGUCGUUCAUCUAUUACCUAUAUCAGAGCACGCACGCUGCCUGGGUAUACGGAGGAGAAUAUGAAGAAUUCUACACAAGCAUCACCAGCGUCGUGAAGGCUUGGCUACAAGUCGGCUUCAAACUUCACUUCGUCUUCGAUGGCGCCUGCCCGGAGCUCAAGUUCCCCACCCAAGUAGGGCGGCUCAACCACUCCAACGUCGAGCCAUCGUCCCUCUUUUUCCGCACAUCCCCCAUCUCCCGCUCGCAGCCCCGCUUCCUGAACGAAUCCCGCAUCUUGCCCCCUCUUGCUUUCCAAGCAUGCAUACGCGCCCUGCUUGACGUUGAAAGCGCCGAUCUCCAUAUACACUACGCCGAUGGGGAAGGGGAUCCCUUCGCGGUUGAGCUCGCGGGGCGACUGGGCGGCUAUGUCUGCGGCAACGACUCGGACUUCGUGAUACUCAAUGCCGCUGGGUACCGUGGUUACAUCCCCUUCGAGGAAAUGGUCUGGGAUGCUCCCGAUCUCGACGAAGCUCCGCCAGCUGAAGACGAUGGCUUUUUCCAGCCCGUUCGCAAGGGCAAGAACAAGCGGAAACCGGUCAAAGCGGCUGUGGUCGGACCUCUCCCGCCAGAGGGCGUACCCACCCCACCGAUGACGAUUUCUUACUAUAGUCCCCAAUCGCUGGCGGACUUAUUGGGCGUCCCGGUCAUGCUACUACCGCUGGUCGGUGCGCUCGUUGGCAACGACUUCACGAAGCAGACCAACAAUCCCAUGUACAACCGACAAUUACUAUUCUUCGAGAAACAUGCGACGCCGACGCAGCGAUUCAAUACUGCAUGCACUGCUAUUCGGUCGAUCCUCAUUCCUUCGGCGCAACGACGGCACGGCCCGCCCGUCGACGGUAUCAUGAGCCUCAUCGAACGUACAGUCAACGCGCUUCUCAGUCGCGUUGGCACCCUGGGCUCUGGCGAAGUCGCUGCUGUCGUCGACAACAUCGUCGAAGCUACCCUGCCGUACGCGAUGCCGAAGCCCCUGAGCGGUCCUCUCUGGCCCUCGCCCGUCUGCGCACUGCACGCGCCCGAGACAUGCACCAUCCUGCCCAUGUUCUCUCGCUUGUUCGAGUUCGAAGCAGAGGCCUCCUUUGACGAGCGAACGCACGCACUUCGAAUAGCCGACAAGGCGCGCCGGCGGUACAUCAAGGCGUAUAGGGCGGGGGCGCUGUCGUACAGGCUGGCGGAUGUGCUUAGCACCGGCACUUUCUGGCCUAGGGUCUUCCUGGAAAACCCUGACGCCGAGACGGUCUCGAAAACAAUUGGCAGGCAUCUGCGACAGCUUGCCUAUGCUGUGCUGCACGAGUCGCUAGGGCUUCCGGUGCCGCCAGAAGAGGAAGAUGAGGAGGAGGAGGCGGAAGAGGAAGAAGAGGAUGACGACGCGAUCGUGGACGUCGUCGAGUCGGACAGCGAUGCGGAGACUAUCGAGAGCGUCGACCCGUUGGCACCACUCGAGGGCGCUUUGCGGCGCAUCCGGCGAACUCAGGGUCCGCCAACAUCAUCGGCAGCCUCGACGAUGUCCGGCGUGCCGUCUCGGCCCUCUGUACGGCCUUGUACAGUGACUGAGUACGUGCGCCGCGGGACGCACGUCUCGCCCGAGCCUGUUGUAGUGCCCACGAUGGAGCAGCUGUGGGCGUCCCUCUCCGUUCCUGCGCCCACCACGCCUGGGCCGCUGGCGCUGCAACCGCUUGAAGUUCGGAUGCAGGUCUUCCUCCGGUCCAUGCAUUCAGAUGUGGCGAGCGUGCGGCAUCUGCAGGCCCACGAGCUUCUGCCCGUGCUUGCACUUCGCUGGGUCGUACGCGUCAUGCACGAUCGCGCGCAGGGAAGCGGGAGCAGAGAGCGCGAGAAGGAGCGCUGGUCGCGUCGCGAAGCCCGCUGCUUCCUCGCUGCCUUCUCCUGGCCAGCCGCCGACCCAUCACAGAACAUAGAGCAAACCGAACCUGAACAAACACAACAACAGCAGCCACCUCACGACGACUCACCCGACAUCGACAACCGGAACGUGCAGCUGACGGCGCAGGUACUUGCGUCCAUGGAGGCCGUCUCCCUCUGGGCGCAAUCGCUGCUGCUUUGGGAGCACGUCCCGCUGCCCGCGCACUUGUUCUCCGGGAGGCGGUUCCAUCGGCUGCUGACUGCUGCCGUGGACGUCGAACCGGGGGUACCGGAGCAUUUGUGGCAGGCGAGCAUUGAAGGGCAAGAAAAUUUCCUCGGGGAAGAGGUGAAGAGGAAGACAAAGAGGGGAACCACCGGCGUCAAGACAAGCCAGCCGAGCGCACGAUCGCCGAACUCUGGUGGCAAGGGCCGUGCGCCACAGGGUGUGGAACUAUUCAAGGUGUUGGCAUCCAUAGAUGGAGACGCAUAGGAGCCAGCUGGUACUGUAGGAGUACCGACCCUCUGCAUGUAGCUCUAGUUAGCCUGCAGGUGUAUACCAUUGUUCGUUGAAAGUUUCAGUACUCAUGGUCAUUUAUACUCGUCGCUUUCCACAACAUGCGCGGCGAUGUCUUCUAUGGAGUUACGUGUGGAACUUGAAGGUGUACCAAUCAACGUCCGAGGUGCGCCUCGAAGGGCUAUCCAGUCGCAAUACAUGCAUCGCCCACAGGGCUUUCCUGUACGCGAGAACCCAGAACAAGCGCCAUGCCAGCGCUUAGCUCGACAGCAAUGCGAUCAUUCUCACAGCAUCUUCAUACAUGGUCACUGCAUCGUCCAUCAAUCUGGCGUUGCUUUGUGUGGCAGCCGUGUGAUCGGAGGCUGUGCACUGCAGGG